GGCCACAUAAUUCUAGUAGUUCUUUAGGCCACCCCAAGCUAUGGGACGGCACUGGUUGGACCGUUAGAUCGAUACGCUGGCGCUCUUGUGAUAGACGAUUCAUGGGUUGCAUUCUCUGAACUCUGAAGUUGCGGCCUAAAGGAUGUUGACCAAGUUUGAUCAUGGUUUUACUUUUGAGAUGGAGACUGAGUUCAUACAUUUUUCAUCUACUUCUAGAUUUUAUAUCUUUGACUUAUUCCCCCCUCCAUGUAGGUAACUUGUUGAAUAUGAAUUUUCUAUUAUACGAAUAGUUUGUAUUCUAUUCUUCUUGUUGGAAUAUAUAAUUCUACAGAGGAAAAACACGGUAUAGGUUGAAUCGGUUUAUAUAAAUACAUGUUUAUAAAAACGAUAAAGUAUUCGUGCGCUUCGUAAUCGGAAAGUUUCUUUUUUCUAAAUGAAGAGAUUUGGGAUUCAAAACGCAGUUCUACUAGUAUCAUUUCUUUUUGUUGUGCUUCUCUUCACCUGUUUUGCUUCCAGCCAAAACGAUGGCGUUUACGAAGACUCCGCGUCUGAUUAUAAAUGGGUUCGGAUCCGGGUCGGGUUAGUUUUGGAUUUGGAUUCUCUGGAGGGAAAAAUGGUGGGAAGAUCUGUUACAACGGCACUUUCAGAUUUCUAUGCCGUUACCACUGAUCACAAAACAAGAGUCUCUCUCUCGAUCAGAAACUCUCACGGGGAGCCUCUCCUAGCUCUCGCUUCUGCUGUAGAUCUGCUGCAAUCUGAAGAAGUGGAGGCGAUUAUCACCGCCGGGGACUCGAUUCUUGAAACGAAGCUGUUGGCGGAGAUUGGGGAGAAAUCUAAGGUUCCAGUGAUCUCAAUUAAAUCUCCGGUAUCAUCUUCGUUGAGCAGAUACAAUCACUUGAUCCAAGUGACACAUGAUUCUUCCUCCGAGGCGAAGGGGAUCACAGCUUUCAUCCAUGGGUUCGAUUGGAACAGUGUUGGUCUUGUCUACGAGGAUGAAGAUGACUGGAGAGAUAGUAUGCAACAGCUUGUGGAUCAUUUUUAUGAGAACGGUGUUGGUAUACAAUCCAAGGCUGGUUUUGCAGUCUCUUCAACCCAGGAAAUGGUUAUGGAUCGGUUAGGGAAGAUGAAGGACUUGGGGACGAGUGUGUUUGUGGUGCACUUGUCUGAGGUUAUUGCUACUCGUCUCUUCGAAUGUGCUGAGAGAUUGGGGAUGAUGGGUGAAGGGUUUGCUUGGAUCCUCACUGCCAAAAGCAUGACCAGUUUCCAUGGAAAAGAGGCAAUGGAAGGUGUGGUUGGUUUCAAGACUUACAUUCCAAUGUCAAGAGUGCUUCAGAACUUCACUUUGAGACUGAGAACAUCACUAGGGAAUGGAGACGAUAAUCGGUUGAGUGUCUCUGGUGUAUGGGCUCAUGAUGUAGCUUGGGCACUGGCGAGAUCAGCGGAGAUGGUGAAUGCAUCAUCAACUCUCCUUGAGGCUAUCACUGAAUGCAGGUUUAAGAGUUUGAGUGGUGACUUCCAAGUGAAGGAUAAGAAGUUCUUGUCAGACAAGUUUGAGAUAGUGAAUUUGUUGGAAUCAGGUGAGAGGAGAAUAGGGUUCUGGAAUGGCAAUGGUAGUUUCAGCAGUAGAAGACAUUUUAACAAGCUCGAGGCUAUAAUCUGGCCUGGUGGGUCUGCUCAAACUCCGAGAGGGCGCGCUCUUGGAGAAAGCAUAAGAAGAAAGCUGAGGGUUCUGGUUACAUCUAGCAACAGAUUCCCAAGCCUGAUGGACGUGGAGACUUCAGCAAUAAAUGUUACAACUGUGAAAGGGUUCUGUAUAGAAGUCUUCCAGGCUGCCAUUGCACCUUUCAACUAUGAUCUGGAGUUCAUCCCUUGGCGCAAUGGAAGUAACUACGACAAUCUUGCAAUUGCACUUUCUACUCAGAAAGACAAAUAUGAUGCAGCCGUGGGAGAUAUUACAAUCACUGCCAAUAGAUCAAAGUAUGUUGAUUUUACUAUGCCAUUCACCGACAUGGGUCUUGGAAUAGUAGCACCAAAGGAGAGUAGUAUGUGGGUGUUCUUCCAUCCUCUAACGCGAGACCUUUGGAUAACAAGUGCAGCUUUCUUUGUCUUGACGGGCACUAUAGUUUGGUUGAUAGAAAGACCUGAUAACAAAGAGUUCCAGGGUUCUUGGCAGAAACAGAUCGGAGUUAUAUUUUGGUUUGGCUUCUCUACCCUUGUUUAUGCGCAUAGGGAGAAACUACAACACAACUUAUCCAGAUUUGUUGUUACAGUUUGGAUAUUUGCAGUGCUCAUAUUGACUACAAGCUAUACUGCAACUUUGACAUCAAUGAUGACGGUGCAACAGAUACGAUUCAACUCUAAUAAAGAUCAUGUGGGGCAUCUUUCGGGCUCCCUCAUUGCAAAUAUGUCCCUAACCGGUCCCAAAUUCCGAUCAACGAACACCAAGGGUCUCAAUACUUCUAAAGACUAUGCUCAAGCUUUGUUGGACAAUACUGUCUCAUUUGUUGUCGAUGAGUUGCCAUACCUCAAAGUCCUCCUUGGAGAGAAUCCUGAAAAGUUUCUCAUGGUCAAGGCACAUUGUAACACCAUUGGUUUCGGCUUUAUGUUUCAGAAGGGCGGCGACUUGGUGCAUCGUGUGUCCAUGGAGAUCUUGAAACUAAGGGCGAGCGAUAAAAUAAGUGAGAUGGAGAAAAGAUCGUUUGAGAGUAAACUUCCAUACACAGCAGAUGAUACAUCAAAUCCUCUAACUCUUUAUAUGUUCCGCGGAUUGUUUAUGAUCACUGGAGUUUCUUCAGCUUUGGCUCUUGCACUACUUCUCAUUAUCUGGCUCCGAGACAACUGGGAGGAUCUGAUGAACUCGGUCAACCUAUUCCUCUCGCGACGACUUGUACAUUUUAGGAUCCUCUGCGCAACAAGUAUCCAUCCCAACCCUCUUGAUGACGAGAAUGCGGUUCAAAUGGCUCAACGUAACUGAAGAUAGGAACUGAUUCAAACAUAGCAAUAUAUGUGUUAGAUUCGGACUUACUAUGGGUUUUCAGCUUAAAACCAAUUGGUGAUAAGUAGAUUAACUCUAACCCUCUAUAUAUUACUUAAAAGUCUCCUUGAAUAAUAUGUUCAUUACCGUAUGUAAAUGCAAUUUCAAAAAAAAAAAAAAAUUAUGUUUUCUGUGAUUCUUUAUCAGGUGAUGAUUACCUUUCAAAACAUUAAUUAUAUUCACUGAAGUUUCUUGUGAUUUAAAAUGGCUGAGCAUCAGUUUAGAAAUCGCUGAGAAGGUUUCGGGUAUGUAUACUUAUAGGGCUUGUAUGGAGGAUUUAUUGGCAUGUUUUCAGACCAGUUUUUUCUUCAGCAGCUAACAGGAGUUAGUUUCACUCAUAGUAAUGGUCUAUAGUUUAACGGCUACAUCACACCCAAACAUUUGGCUACUGUAUAUAUUGAUCUGCUCAGAAAUCCUUAGUGUAAAAGGAACCAACAAACAAGGUAACAAUGAUAGUGUAGACACUAAACACCAUGAAUAAUCCUACAUAGUAUAACCUACUCUUCAAAACCCAUCCACACCAGAUACAUUACAAAGGCUUAUUCUAAUUUGUAUUAGUAAGAUCCUUUUUAGUUUGAUUCUACGUUGUUUCUCCUACCAUCUACCAAACAUAAUCUCCUCUUAGAUCAAUCAACUUAUUUCUCAUGGAAGUUCUGCAAUUUUUAUUAGGAUAAAAAAAUUCAUUGGACUGUUAGAGAACCUGGUUUGACCCCAUUGGCCUGAGGGAAAAUGGGCAUUUAAUUCCCAAAGUAUUUGAAAUCGGCAGUUUUAAUACUCAAAUAUUGUUUGCGCAUAUAUAUUCCUCAACCAAUAAUUGACUGCGCAAAAUUGAAAACAAAAUAGUCAACCGUUAACUGAUGAACAAAAAAAAUAACGGUUUCUGUCAAAU